AUGAGCGAGAGACGACUGCAAUCGCCAGCAGGCCCUCUCACGAGGAGCUCCAAGAGCUAUGCGGAAGAUGACAAGGCAGCCCUUUCCGAAGCCUUGGCAGCCUUCCAAGCGGCCCUCACCGACGCCGAACGUACAAGGCUACAACAGACCAAGACCAGUUUCUGCGACGCCGAUGCUGUCAUCAAGUUUACUCAUGAUCUCGACGGACUUGACCCCGCUCGCAGAGGCAAGAGCAUCGCGACAAAACUGUACUCGUUCUUGCAGACUAUCCAGCAGUUCUACCAGGUCACGGACACUUACGUCAAGCAAAGCAGGCUGAAGAGCGCCGUGAGGCCGCGGAAUCUCGACGAAGGUUCUCUAGAUGGCAGAUACAUUCCCAGAAACAAUUCCAAGACGUCAGUGCAGGGCAAGAAGCUCAGGCAAAACCUAGAGCAAAAUUGGGAGUCGCUCCUGAUCAAACUGUCAUCUUACGACCACGCCGCCGCCUUUAGGAAAGCGAGAUUACGAAGGCAUAAUGGAACAGCGGAGUGGGUAUUUCCCACGCAGCAAUUCCAGAACUGGUUUCACAGCGAUAAGUCUUCAAUACUUCAUUUGACGGGCAAGAUUGGCUCAGGCAAGACAGUCCUGACCGCAAACGUUAUUGACCAUCUUAUUGCGGAACGGAAGAGUUGCCAAUUGGUUUCAUUCUUCUUUGUCGCAUUCGAUGAUGCCGCAAGCCUGAGCGCCGAACACAUCAUUCGAUGUUUGAUCAGACAGGCUUUGGACCACAGUUCAGUCAACGACAAGUUCAUCCACGGUCUUCGAAAAGCCGAAUCUCGGUUCUUUUCCAAUGACGCACUUCUGGGGCUGUGGGCUGAGAAGGUGAAAUCGGUCGAUGAGUUGUUCGUCGUGUUAGAUGGGCUGGACGAAUGCUCCGAGUCCGAACGAGAACUGCUUCUGGGAUGCCUUGCCAAGCUUGGCGACGCAGUUUCCGGAGAGUCGAGAGUGAAGGUACUCUUGUCAUCAAGAGAAACAAUUGUUGACGAAGUGGACCGAUCUGAUCUGUCUGUAUCUCGCCUUGGCUUAAGCACUGCAAACAUCCAGAGCGACCUGUCCAAGUACGCAGAAGAAAUAUUGAUGCAGAGGGUCUCCACCAAGAAGCUCAAAAUAGAUAACGAACACUUGCUGCAAGAGGUCAUUCGACAGGUCCAGCGAGGUGGCGAGGGAAUGUUUCUCUGGGUGUUCCUUACCGUCGAGGACUUAUGUACCCGUAAAUCUGAUAUCGAGAUCCGCAAUGCCCUCCAAACGAUUCCUCGGAAUCUUUCAGGCACAUUCGACAGAGCUCUCGCCCGAAUCGUAGCAAACGGGCACGAGAAGGUCGCCCAUGAUACCUUUCGAUGGGCUGCUGUUGUUCGCCGGCCUCUCGCAACCGACCAACUCCGAGAAGCGCUGGCCAUCGAAAUCGGACAAAUGUACUACAGACCAGAGCGUUUAAUCAACGGAAUUGACCAAAUAACCGCCUGGUGCGAGAACUUGGUUCAGAUCGAGGAGACGGACAACACAGUACACUUCAGCCAUCACUCUAUUCGAAAGUACCUGUUAGACCCGACUUCUGAGGUUUCUCGGAGCUUCCACAUCAACUUACAGGAUUGGGACCAUCACGUUGGGGAGAUACUCUCGGCUCAGACUGGAAAGCACGAUUCCUGA